GGACUGUCCACUUGUGUUCUAUGUGGCUCAAACUCGAAAAAACAGUCUGAUAAGAGUCUGUCUCACAGCUUCAAUGGCGGCCACUAGAGUGAUAGCGGGAGCAGGAAGCGCCACCUCUUGUUUGCUGCUAAAGACGCCGUUCAGUUUCAAGCAAAGACUGUCUCGCAAUGCUCUCCGAUUCAACUAUGAGAAAGUCUUGCCGUCAAAGAGACUUUUCGCUUGUAACGCUCUAUACAGACCAGAAGUCCAGGUCAAAGAGGAUGGCCAACCCGAAACCCUAGAUUACAGGGUGUUCUUCGUUGACAAUUCUGGCAAAAAGGUUUCCCCUUGGCAUGACAUACCAUUGUAUGCAGCUGAUGGGUUGCUCAACUUUAUUGUGGAAAUACCAAAGGAAUCCAGUGCAAAGAUGGAGGUUGCUACAGAUGAGCCAUACACCCCCAUUAAGCAGGACACAAAGAAAGGAAAACUAAGAUACUAUCCUUACAAUAUCAAUUGGAACUAUGGAUUGCUCCCACAAACAUGGGAAGACCCAUCUCUCGCAAACUCUGAUGUUGAAGGGGCUCUUGGGGAUAAUGAUCCAGUCGAUGUUGUUGAGAUUGGUGAAAGACAAAGAAAGAUAGGUGAAGUCCUUAAGGUCAAGCCCCUGGCUGCUCUAGCCAUGAUUGAUGAGGGAGAACUUGACUGGAAAAUUGUUACGAUCUCAGUGGAUGAUCCGAAGGCUUCUCUUGUGAAUGGCAUUGAUGAUGUCGAAAAGCAUUUCCCGGGCACUCUUACUGCAAUCAGAGAUUGGUUUAGAGACUACAAGAUUCCUGAUGGGAAGCCUGCGAACAAGUUUGGCCUUGGCAACAAGGCAGCAAAUGAGGAAUAUGCUCGAAAGGUCAUCAAGGAGACCCACGAGUCGUGGAGCAAACUUGUUUUGAGAAAGAUACCCGGUGUAGAGCUUUCUCUGGCAUAGAUUCCGAGUCUUGAACAGAGUUGGGCCUGUCAGUACUCCUGUUUGUAUUUUCUAGAGUUGUCAAAGCUCUCCAUUGUGGGGGAGCAAGGCAAUAUUUAUUAUGUUUAUACAUAUAUUUAAACAUUUUUUGCCCCCCAUUUCAUAAAGAAUGUUCAAAUAUUCCGAAGAUUCGAUGACAAAAUGAUUUAGAGUUGAUGGGUUUAGUACUCUGAUGGAUUUUUCCGUUGGCUGAGGAGCCCUGCCUAA